UGUCGUACCACUACGGCCGAUUGAUUUUUCGCAUAUUUUGAUCCACAUUUUGAAAAUAACAUAGCGAUAACUUAAGAUUUUAUUGCAACAUAGAGCAACUUAUUAUCCUAACUCAAUUCUGAAAUACCGGAGAAGUUUAUUUGUCGUAAUCGUCGAUUGUUUUCUACACUUUUCUCAAUCCCGUUAUUGGUUUUGUGCCACGUUCUUGUGGCUAUUUAUUGAAUAAGUUGGUUUAAAAUGGUGCGCAUUUUCUAAUCUACGGAUAACAAAUAAGAAGCAGCCAUGUCGAGCAUGUCAGACCGCAAGGCGGAGCUGGAGCGCAAGAAAGCAAAGCUCCAAGCUUUGAGAGAAGAAAAGGAUCGUCGGCGUCGCGAGAAAGAACAAAAAGAUGCAGAGGAAGCACUGGCCAGAGCGUCUACUACGUCCAGCCUGGACAGCCGUCGCGACCUGGACGAAAUGCUGUCAUCGCUCGGAGUAGCUCCUGUGAAGGAUGUGCUGUCGUCGUUAUCCUCCAUGCAGUCGCUCACACCCCCGCAGACCGCCUCGCCGGAAACCAGCCUGCACACACACAGCCCUCCACAGGGGGGACCUAAGAAAGCAGCUCAGCUGCAAAUCAUAUCGGUGCAGUCUACUGACAUUCCGCCAAAAGAGAACGUCACCUACGCUAAGCAGACUCAGACAACCACCUCGGGGAUAACUGAGAUCAGAGAUGGAUACAUGGAGGACUGGUGGAGGCCGCGCAAAGCACACGCAACCGACUACUACGAUGAGUACAAUCUAAACCCGGGUUUAGAGUGGGAGGACGAGUUUACAGUGCUUACAUUCGACGGCGACGGCGCUCGGCAAGGCGAAGACGAGGAUGCGUUCCACGGCAAGCUCCCCCCCGGCAUCCUGCCCCACGGCCUGCCGACGGUCAAGGAAGUCCAGCCCGCGGUCACUGCUGCCCCACCUGAGAAGAAGGAAGAGGAAAAGGAAAAGAAAGUUCGCGAGCUGAGCGCCGACGAGAAGCACACGAUCAUGCUGUCGGCGGAGUUCCAGCGCUUCAUCACCAAGGCCGGGCGUGUCAUCGAACGCGCGCUCGGCGAGUCCGUGGAUAUCUACACCGAUUACACCGGCGGCGGCGACGGCGAUACAGCGCAGGACGACAAAUCCGACGCGCGUUUGUCCCUCGUCCGCACGUUUUACGAUGAGCGCUGGUCGCGCGGCCGCUGCGUCACCUGCCUGGACUGGUCCGCGGCCCACCCUGAGCUACUCCUGGCCUCGUACCAUAACAGCGAUGACGCGCCACAUGACCCAGACGGCGUGUGUCUGGUGUGGAACACCAAGUUUAAGAAGACGACGCCGGAAGAUGUGUUCCAUUGCCAGUCGCCAGUUAUGAGCGCAACAUUCGCCAGGUUCCAUCCUAACCUGAUCCUUGGCGGCACGUACUCAGGCCAGAUUGUGCUGUGGGACAACCGCGUGCCAAAACGCACGCCCGUACAACGCACCCCGCUUUCAUCGCUCGCACACACGCAUCCAGUGUACUGCCUAUCAGUAGUAGGCAGCCAGAACGCCCACAACCUGAUCUCCGUCUCAUCAGACGGGCGCAUGUGCUCCUGGUCGCUCGACAUGCUCUCCCAGCCUCAGGAGACCUUGGAGCUGCAGCAUCGUCAGAGCAAGGCAGUUGCCGUCACCGCUAUGGCGUUCCCUCACGCCGAUGUCAACAACUUUAUCUUGGGGAGCGAAGAUGGAAACAUCUACACUGGUUGCCGUCACGGCCAACGAGCCGGUGUAACCGACAUGGUGGAAGGCCACGCAGGCCCCAUCACCGGGGUGGCGGCGCACCAGGCAGGCGGGGCCGUGGACCUGAGCCACCUGUUCCUCACGUCAAGCAUGGACUGGAGCGUCAAGUUGUGGAGCCUUAAGGAGAACAAGGCCCUGUACUCGUUCGAGAACAGUGGCGACUACGUGGUGGACGUGCGCUGGUCGCCGACGCACCCGGCGCUGUUUGCGGCGGCCGACGCGCUGCGCCUCGACCUGUGGAACCUGAACCAAGACACAGAGGUGCCGGUAGCUUCGAUACAAUCAGAAGGCGGCGCGUUCAACCGCGUGUCAUGGACGCCGAGCGGCGCGCACCUCACGGCGGGCGAUGACGCUGGCAAGAUCUCCGUGUACGAGCUGGCCGAGAGCGAAUAUCAGCCGCGGCACGACGAAUGGACCAAGUUCGUGUACACUCUGCAAGAGUUGCGCAACAACCAGGCGGACGAGGAAACAGACCGCCUCAGUCUGGCCAGCGGGCCCCCCAGCCUCACCAGUCUGGCUAGCAACCCGCUCCGAUAAACA